AUGGCUCUCCUUCGUUCAUCGGCAGCAUUUAUACUGCGAACAAGAUCGCUAGCAACACCCGCCGCGCCCGUCUCGAGAUUCAUUCGCGAUGUUCCAGCAAAGUCCCCGAAAGCAGUCUGCUCCGCGAGACAGCCUUUAGGAGUCAGAUGGCAUAGCAACCCAAUUUCUGGUGCCAAAGUCUACGAGUUCGCACAGGUUCAAGAGAUGAGUAAAUCGCCGUCGGCCGAGCGUAUCAUCAUAGAUGUCCGCGAGCCUUCAGAGUACCAAGAAGGCUAUAUUCCAUCUGCUAUCAACCUUCCCAUCAAAUCACAACCCGAUGCAUUGUUCUUGCCCGCGGAAGAAUUCGAAGACCGCUUCGGCUUCAAGAAACCGACUGCGGAUGCUGAAGUCAUCUUUUACUGUAAAUCAGGCGUACGAAGCAGUGCAGCUGCCCAACUUGCACGCCAAGUAGGUUAUUCAAAUGUUUCGGAAUACCGAGGCAGCUGGCUUGACUGGGCCAAAAAUGGUGGUACUGCGGCGAAGCCAUGA